AUGACCAUAAAUCCAGCAUCCGAAAUCCGCAUCACCCAACGUCUCAUCCCCGCCUGGAAAGGCAUCCCCAACACCUCGAUCCAAUCCAAACCACUCCUGAUCUACCACAACGCCUUCCAAGCCUCUGCAUCUGAACUUUCGUCCCGUUUACAGAAGAUCGGUGCAGUCGUCCCGCAGUGGCAAUACAGCAUGUAUCCCACGACGCAUUUCCAUUCCACCACCCAUGAGGUCCUGGGGGUCGUGUCCGGGCGAGCACGGCUGUGUUUCGGAGGUGAGGGUUAUCCAGAGCGGUUCGAGCCAACGGUACAGAAGGGCGAUUUGAUGAUCGUGCCUGCGGGGGUAGGCCAUCGUUUGUUGGAGGAUCUGGAUGGCGGCUUCAAGAUGGUCGGGUCAUAUCCUCCAGGGAAGCAGUGGGAUAUGUGUUAUGGGCAAGAGGGGGAGGAUAAGGUUAAGAGUAUUGAGAAGUCGGGUUGGUUCGAGAAGGAUCCGCUCUACGGCGAUGAGGGGCCAGCCUUGGAGGUUUAG